AUGAGGGUUAACCUGCUUCUCAUACUAGUUAGCUACAGCGCAGCAGACAGUAUCAUUCAAAGGAUUGAUAAAGCACUGAGCGAUGUGCCCACGACCCUGAACAAAGCUGAACUUCUUGCCAACUACGAGAUAAUUCACGCGCAUGAACCAGAGAUUGAGCAGCAGCUUCAGCAGUCGCAACAGCAAGUGGAAACCUUGCAUAGACUAGAGGAGGAAGCGAGACCGCUACAACAUAAUGAAAAUGGGUUCGACACUAUUGAUUAUAUUAACAAACAAUCACCCUUAGGAGACCUCUUGUAUCAAAGUGACAUAAUUCUGAGCACUGAACAAGCGCGAAGGAUUGCUGAGAGCGACACAGUUAGUGAAGCGAUUAGAAGGAAACGACAGGGGAUUAACACUACAACAUAUGAUCAGUUGUGGCCGAAUGGCAAAGUGCCUUAUUCAUUUUCCUCCGAAAUAGAUCCGAGAAUGAGGAGUAUUUUUUUCAAAGCGGCAAUGCUUUGGCAGAAGGAUAGUUGCGUCACAUUUUAUCAAGACCCUGAAAAUGAGGACCGAGUUGAAGUGGUACUGGGGGAUGGAUGUCAGUCAUAUGUGGCAAGAUUACCAAAUAAAGUACAGCAGAUAUUCCUGGGUGCACCAUGCAGAUAUAUUGGUACCGCUGCACAUGAAAUCGGCCAUACGCUUGGAAUGUGGCAUGCGCAUGCAAGACAUGAUCGAGACGAAUACCUUGUCAUUAACCUAGAAAACAUCCCGGAAGCUAACCACCAACAGUUCAGAAAGGAAACCACGAGAACAAAUGACAACUAUGGGGUCCCCUUUGAUUAUGGAAGCGUAAUGAACUAUGCAGCUAAAGGCUGGAUGAUUCCUGAACUUGAGAAGCAAAAAGAUAAAUACGCUAUGUAUCCCAAAGACAUUAACUAUGUUGAUACAUUGGGAUCACAUUUCGUUUCCUUCUACGACAAACUGCUACUAAACAAAAUGUACAAAUGUCUAGGUAAUUGCGAGCAGUUAUUACGCUCACCAGAGCAGGAACGACUCAAACGACAAGUGUAUUCAAGAUUCGAAAGCAGUCUCAGUGGUUCGAGAGGAAUCUCCGGCUUACGUGGCUCACAAGGCUCCCGCUUCAUAAGUGGUAUUGGUGGCAAUGGCGGUAGCAAUACUGGCGGCUCGAACGCUGUUCCGCUGCCAGGCAUGGAAGGCGGCUCAAACCCCGGUGGCGGUGGUAGCAUUGAGGGCUCAAAUGUUCAUCCUCUUCCAGGCAGCGAAGGUGGCAGCAAUCCUUCAGGCCCAAACUGGUGGAACGACUGGUGGAACCAUCUCCCUGAUUGGUUAACGGGUUUGGGUUGGGACUUACCCGGGACUAUUGUACCUCCAACUACGACUACCACAAAAACCACAACUACCACACCCACAACUACCACAACCAAAACUACCACAACCACAACUGCUACCACACAAGCACCCAGAACCACAACUCCAGUCACCACCACCACCACUUUUCCAUCCGGUCCAAGUCCUCUGCCAAAGUGCUUCAAUGGCGGAUACCCAAGCCCUCAAGAUUGCUCAAAAUGUGUUUGCCCAGGUGGAUACGGAGGACGGCUCUGUAAUGAAAGACCAGAAGGACCUGGAGAAGUACUGCAAGCCACCACCAGUUUUCAAACUCUUUUUAUCACAGUGGGCUACAAUGAUGUGCAUAAAACAAGUGACAAAGACGAUUUUCUAUGGAAACACUACUGGAUACAGGCCCCUCCAGGAAGAAAAAUCGCAGUGAAAGUUAGCACUUUUCCAGAGAGAAUCUCUACUCCAGGGUGCUUUUGGGCAGGUAUUGAGGUAAAAGCGCAGAAAGAUCAACAUUCUGCCAUCCUUCUUGGUCAGGAAAGGUAUUUUACUCACAGAGUAAUCUUGUACCUGUCAUGGCAUACAGCAAAAUUUGGCCAGUCAAAUCAGUACUGCAAUAUCGCAUGA